AUGUACGAUGAACGAAUAGCAAAGGCGCAGUCCGAAUUUGCUGCUGCUGCUGUGCUGCACCGCCUCAAGGAGGAAAAGAACAGGCACCCGCUUGUUCGAUUUUCAUACAACGUAGUGGCUGAGCGGCAGCGGCGGCAGCUGCUGGAGCAGCGGCAGCGAGUGUCCGCAGAGCUGCAGCAGCAGCAGCAGCAACUGCAGCAGCAGAUUCGCCAAGUAGAACUUGAAGCCAAAAAGUUCAGCAAAACUAGAGAGGAGCAGCGCCGGCUUUUAAAGAGGUUUGAAGUUCCAGCGGAAGACGUUAUUGCUGAGCCGCCGCCGCUGCUGCAGUUCACGGGCCCCACAGCUACUACCCUCAGCAGCGUGCUGCAGCAGCAGAAGCAGCAGCUGCCGAAGAGGCAGGCGGAGCUAGUGGAGAGACACCUGAAUGCCUACGAAGCCCCAAAGCCCACUUGCAAUUCCUUUCCUGUUGUGGAGGCCUACACGGCCUUGCGAGGAGAUGUUUCUGUUCUCGUUGCUUUGAAGAUGCACAUGGAAAAGCUGAAGGCUGAACUCGAAUUCUGGGAGCAGUCUGUUGCUGCAGCGCAGCACCCGUCAGAAGCAGCAGCAGCAGCAGGGAAGCAGCACUGCAACAAGUCGCAGUCAGGCUCGGGAUCGCGCUCAAAGAGAGGCUACGGAGCAGCACAAGGAGGAAGCAAAGCAGCAGCAGCUGCUGCAACGCCACAGCAGCAGCAUCAGCCUAUGCAAGUGAAGCAGCAGCAAGUGCAUAUGGGCGACCAGCAGCAGCAGAUGAUGCAGCUCUCUGCAGGCCACGUUAAGAAGCAGCAGGUGCCGCAGCAGCACAUGCAGCAGGCUCAGCAGCAGCAGCAGCAGCAGCAGCAACCACAGCAGCAACAGCAGCAGCAAGUCCCAGCACAACCACCACAAAUGGCUCAGCCGCUGCCAAUGCAGCAGCGGCAGCUACAGCUGCAGCAGCAGCAGCUGGUGCAGCAGCAGCAACUGAUGCAGCAGCAGCAACUGAUGCAGCAGCAGCAACAGCCGGCCGUGGGGGUGCACCCGAUGCAGCAGCCCUACAUGGUAUCUGGUAUGCAUGACUUGCAGAUGCAGCAGCAGCAGCAGCAGCUGAUGCAGCAGCAACAACUGAUGCAGCAGCAGCACAUUAUGCAGCAGCAGCAGCUGAUGCAGCAGCACCCGGGACAGCAGCAGCAGCCACUGCUGCAGCCGGGUUCGCACUCCUACGCUCCCAUGGGCGGCGUAGUGCCAAUGCAGCAGCAGCAGCAACAGCAGCAGCAGCCAUCCAAGUCGCGGGUGCGGCGGAGUGCAGCAGCAGCAACUCCAGCAGCAGCAGCAGCAGGAGAAGGCAGCGAUGUGAGCCAGCAGCAGCAUGGCAGCACAACCAGCAGGGCCCCAAAGAAGGCUCGCUCAGCACGAAGAAAUGCCUAA